AUGGUUCGUCUAAAGCUUCUCUGGGCUCUCGUGCCCUUCAUCGCCAACCUGGCACUCGCCGCUACCGACUACCCUCCCGGUAAGCGCGGUCUCGGGAGCAACGACGGCCUCGACCUCUCCGGCUUCGAGCGCACGCCGUCCCUCUCCGGCGGCCCCAGCAAGGUCCUCUGGCAGUACAACUGGGACAGCGACAUCGCCGGCCACAGCAAGCUCAGCCUCGCCGAGUAUGUGCCCAUGCUGCACAGCCUGCGCGACGGGCACGACGCCGUCUGGGCGGAGCGAGUCGAACGGUGGCUCGCGCGCGGCACGCGCCACCUGCUCGCGUUCAACGAGCCGGACCUGGCGUGGCCACAGGCGGCGAUGAGCGUCGGCGACGCGGUCGACGCCUGGCGGCGGCACAUGGAGCCGUUCGCGCCGCGUCGACUUCGUCCCGGUACACUGAUACAACCCGGGCGCGCUGGAGCGCGACCUGAAGGACUGGGUCGGUCGGGUGUGCACCCUGGGUUGGCCGGUUUCAAGGGUGUAAAUGGCUCGCCUGAAGAAGACAUUGCGUUCCUGCAAAAGGCCAUGGCGUUUCUCGAGGGCAAUGCCUGCGUCGAGCGGUACGCCUACUUUGGCACCGCAAACAAUGACCAGUCCCUGCUGUCCAGCGAGGCCAGUCAUCUCUCAGAACUUGGCAUGCACUACGCUGCUGAUUAG